AGUGCCAUGGCUGCCUUCCAGGAUUUUUUGUGUGUUAUCUUCGUUUUGACGGCGUUCACAGCCAGCCGUACCAAUGCCUACCCUUCAGACUUCGCCAUCCCCAUCCCUGAAGUCACCGUCUCCAUCGGAGGGUCUGUGUCCUCAAUCCCUGUGCAGCAUGAGGAGCUGAUCGUGCCGGUAGUCUUCAAUCCAGUGCAGAACUACCAGGCUCCACAGGCUAAUGUUUACCAGGAUCUAAGCUAUAUGCCACCGCCCCUUCCUCAGGUCAUCGUUCUGAAUGAUGGAGGGCAGAAGAACGAUUAUACUUGGCUUUUGCUUCUUUUGUUGCUGAGAUAGUUUAGUUUUUUGGAAGAAUGGUGAAGGAGGUGCAGUCAGCGUCAAAUAGUUCGUGACACCCGAAUUAGCCAAAAAGUUCCCAAGACAUCUUUCGCCCGUAUUCACA